CAACAGCAGCAGUAGGCUCGCCGGACGGCCAGCCAGCCAUGGCGUCCUACGACAAGGCCAUCGAGUCGUACAAGAGGGCCGUCACCACGGCGGCGUCCCUGGCGGCGUCGGCGAUGCUGGUGCGCGGCGUCGUGAACGAGCUGGUGCCGUACGAGGUGCGGGACCUGCUCUUCUCCGGCGUCGGGUACCUGCGGUCGCGCAUGUCGUCCCAGCACAUGGUCAUCAUCGAGGAGACCGAGGGCUGGACCAACAACCAGCUCUACGACGCCGUCAGGACGUACCUCGCCACCAGGAUCAACACCGACAUGCAGCGCCUCCGGGUCAGCCGCGUCGACGAGACCAAGAGCAUGAUGUUCAGCAUGGAGGAGGGCGAGGAGAUGGCCGACGUCCAUGAGGGCUCCGAGUUCAGGUGGCGCCUCGUCUGCCGCGACAACUCCAGCAGCAGCAACGGCAACGGCAACGGCCGUGGCGGGAACGGCAACUACCGGCUCGAGGUCCGGUCCUUCGAGAUGAGCUUCCACAAGAAGCACAAGGACAAGGCCCUCAACUCUUACCUCCCUCACAUCCUGGCCACUGCAAAGAAGAUCAAGGAUCAGGACAGGACGCUGAAGAUCUACAUGAACGAAGGUGAGUCGUGGUUCGCCAUCGACCUCCACCACCCCUCGACCUUCACCACGCUCGCCAUGGAUCACAAGCAGAAGCAGUCAGUUAUGGAUGAUCUUGAGAGGUUCAUCAAGCGAAAGGAAUACUACAAGAAGAUUGGCAAAGCAUGGAAACGGGGGUACCUUCUGUAUGGCCCACCUGGAACUGGCAAGUCCAGCUUGAUUGCAGCCAUGGCCAAUUACCUCAAGUUCGACGUAUAUGAUCUCGAGCUGACUGAGGUCAACUGGAACUCAACCCUUCGACGGUUGCUCAUCGGGAUGACCAACAGGUCAAUCCUAGUUAUAGAAGAUAUCGACUGCACUCUAGAGCUACAACAACGGGAGGAAGGUCAAGAGAGUUCCAAAUCCAAUCCUUCAGAGGACAAGGUAACACUAUCUGGGCUACUCAACUUCGUGGAUGGGCUUUGGUCAACAAGUGGGGAGGAGAGAAUAAUUGUCUUCACGACAAACUACAAGGAGAGGCUCGACCCUGCGCUUCUGCGUCCUGGCAGGAUGGACAUGCAUGUCCAUAUGGGUUACUGCUGCCCAGAGUCAUUUAGAAUUCUGGCCUCUAACUACCACUCCAUUGAUAACCAUGCCACAUACCCAGAGAUAGAAGAGUUGAUCAAGGAGGUCAUGGUGACACCAGCAGAGGUAGCUGAGGUGCUCAUGAGGAAUGAUGACACUGAUGUUGCCCUUGAAGGCCUUAUUCAGUUCCUCAAGAGAAAGAAAGAUGUUGGCAAGGAAGGCAAAGCUGAAAAUGUGGAGCAGGUGGUGAAGGCAGAAGAAACAGAGAAAGGGAUGAUGAAGAAAAAUGAUGUCCCAGAGAAUCAAGAUCCCCAAGAUGCAAGCAAAUAAUGAUGCUUAAACAGUGUGCAUAGCAUAUAAUUAGUGCAUCAAAUUCUGUCAGAUGUAUCGUUUUGACUACUAGUAAAAGAUCAUUUUUGGAAUAAUAAUGUACUCUAGGGAAAUGAGCUUGUGAUACUAUUUCUAUUAUCACAAAAUACAUAGUAAGGUUUCAUAUGUA